AUGUCUUACAAUUUCGCCAACAAGGUCGCCGUGGUGACGGGUGGACUCUCAGGGAUCGGACUCGCCACAUCAGUAGCGCUCUUGCGCAACGGCGCCAAGGUCAUAGUAGGAGACUUGCUCCACGCCGAAGACAUCGACCCCAUAAUGAACAACAUCCACAAGAAAGUGCCCGGCCACAGCCACAACCUCAAGUUUUUGCGCACUGAUAUCGGCACCUACCAGGACAACGUCAACCUCAUUGACUUUGCAUUUGACGAGUUCAAGGAGCUCGACUAUGUAGUGGCCAACGCCUCCAUGAUCAACACCACCGCGCUCGGCGCCGACGAGACCAUUGAGCAGUUCAACGAGGUGGUCAAGGUCAACCUCGCAGGCACAUUCGCCUUGAACAAGUUGGCGCUCAACUACUGGGCCGAGUUCAACAAGUUGGGUAGCAUCGUCAAUGUCGGCUCCAUCAUUGCCCAAUCGGCCAUUCCGGGUCUAACUAACCUCUGCGCUGCUAAAGGUGGGAUCCAUGCCAUGACGCGCACGUUGGCAUUGGAGUAUGCGCCAUUGGGGAUCAGGAUCAAUGAAGUUGUCCCUGGGUACGUCAACACGCCGCUUUUGAAGUUGUUUUUGGGCAUUAGGGAAAUCGAUGAGUUGAUUGAUAAGCACCCCUUGGGCCGCAUUGGCGAGCCUGAGGAGAUCGCCAAUGCCAUUUUGUUCUUGCUUAGUGACCAGGCUAACUUUAUCACUGGCUCAAGCUUGGUUGUUGAUGGUGGGUAUACUGUGCAAUAA